AUGCUCCAUGAGUAUGAUCUUAUUGAUCAAGAAACUUUAAAAAGAGAUCAGUAACUGAAUGGUUUGUUAAUCAAAAUUAGAGAAGACAUUAUGAAAGGCUAUGUUGUCGAAGUUAAAACAAAAACUCAAACUUAUCAUUAAGUAAAAAUAUUGUUCAAAUUAGUUAGAAAAUAAUUCAAAAUAAAAUUCAGGAGUCUCAUCUAUUAAUAAUUCCUUAAUAAAAGAUCCAAGAUUAAAUUUAAAUGAAAUUGAUAAAAUUAAAAACAUAGAUGAAACCAUUUUAUAAUCAUAACGUGAUAAUCAGUAAAUUAUUCGAUUGACAAAUUCAAUAAGUUAAUCUCCUCCUAAAGUUAAAAGUGAUAUUUUUAAACCAAUUGUCUUAGACUAACAUUUAUAAUCUGAAUAAACAUUUUUAUCUAUUCCAAGUAAACCAGAUAUUCUUUAAAAUCCUAAUACAUUUAAUAAACAAUUAGAUAAUAUUGAAGCUUAAUAAGAUUCAGGUAAUUGUCUUGAUUUCAUUAAAAUACUCAAAAAAAUUUAAUCAGAAAUUAAAGACUCCAUGUUAAAAAAUAUUCAUUCCAGUAAUACAUUAAUAUCUUAUGGAAUACAAAUGGUUAGAACUUUAUGCUUAUUAACUAAAUUUUAUAAAUAAGCUGCUGAUUUUACUCAUGCAAUAAGGUCAUUAAAAUAGAUAAAAAGAAUGUUUAAAAUAUCUGAUCCCAAUUUAAUAGGAAAAUUGAAAAUAGAAUUAGGAAAAUUAUAAUUCCUCAAUUAAUCCUAUCAUCUUGCUCAAAAAUCCUUUUAUUAAGCACUUUUACAUUAUGAAUAAUUAUAAUGGAAACAAGAAAUUGCAUACAUCUUACUAUGGAUGGCUAAAAUAAAUUCUUGGACAAGUAUUUUUAUAAACUUAUAUUCCAGAGAAUUUUGAAUCUUCUAAAAAGAUGGUUUAUGGAGCUAUUGCUAUUUUAAAAGAGUAUCUUCCAGAUGAUGAUGAAUAAAUAGCAGAAGCUUAUGUUGUUUUAGGAGAAAAUAGUUACAUAGCCAAAAAUUCUGAUUAAGCAUUGGAAUUUUUAAUGAAAGCUAAAUAAAUUAAGUUUAAGAAAUAUAAUACAUACAAGCAUAUCAGAUUUGUAGAAGUAUAUAAUUUAGUAGCAUUGACUUAUGGAUUAGUUCCAGACAUUUAAUAAUCUCUAAGUUACUUCUUAUAAGCUUUAUAAUGUUUUGAGUACUCCAUAUUAAUAAUAUAGAUAUAAUUGUGUUCAGCGAGCAUAAAUUCUCAAUAAUCUUGCUGUGAUAUAUUAAUCAAUAGGCAACACUGAAAAGGCUUAAAAAUGUAAUUAAAAAGCAAAACAAAUUUAUUCUUCAUUUUCACAAAAUAAACAUCUUUAAAUUGAUAGAUUAAUCUAAAAUUAAACUUUUCUAUUUUAAUAAUAAUAAUGA